UUUACUUUGCAGAUGCUUGUUUAUAGCCACAGAGGAAACUAAAAGUCGGUCCCUCUGGUGUUCCUUUGCUAUCCUGUGUCCAAUUUACAUUUUUGAUGCAAAGGAUCUGAUGUAACUUUGUGUAAUUAACGUCUCCCGGCCUCAUUAUAACCUCCAUUAUAAUCAGAAGAAAGGUCAUUGUUGCUGAAAAGCCAGAGUGUGGAGCUAAGAUGAAGUCCUGCCUUUAUCGGACUGAACCUGACUGAGCAGAGCCGAGUCUGAUUCACGUCUUCAGCCAUCUAUCAUCUGUCUGUGCUGAGGGGAAAUGGAGCUUUGGCCGCUUCAGGCCUCACUUGAAAACCCCAGAGAUUCAGACCAACCCUUGUCGACCAGUCACAGAUCCAGCUCUGUUAACGGCACCAGGGAACCUGACAGUGUCACCUUUUUCAUCAUCCAGGGCCUCUCCAGCCUUGGUGACAGACAGAUGAUCCCGUUUGUCAUCCUGCUGCUGGGUUACAUCAUCAUCCUGGGAGGAAACAGCAUAAUCAUCUUUGUGACACUGACUGAUCCAAAAAUCAACUCUCCCAUGUAUUUCUUCCUCGCCAACCUCUCCUUUGUGGACAUGGUUUACACAACCAACACCAUCCCCAAAAUGCUGGCUGGCUUCCUGUCAGAUGUGUCAAUCAUCUCCAUCCAGGGCUGCUUUGUGCAGAUGUUUUUCUUUGUUCAACAAUCCACUACAGGACAUUCUAUAUUGACUGUGAUGGCGUACGACCGCUAUACAGCCAUCUGCAAACCUCUGCACUAUACCUCCAUCAUGACCCGGAACGUCCGACUACUCCUUAUAGCAGGAGCCUGGGGCUUUGGCAUAUUUAUUAUCCUACCAGUCACCAUCCUGGCUGUGCGCCGAUCUUACUGCAGGCCAAAUGUGCUGAAACAUGGCUGGUGUGACCCAGCAUCUGUAAGGCAACUGGCAUGUGGUGACAUCUCAUUUGAUAACAUUGUGUCCCUUUGCUUUGCCACUGUGUCUCUACUGAUCCCAGGACUCCUCAUCCUGACCUCCUAUAUCCUCAUUGGCAUUUCCAUAUCAAAGAUGGGUGUUGCUCAGAGGCUGAAGGCCUUCAGGACAUGUGGUGCCCACCUGACCGCGGUGUCCAUCUCUUUCACCUCAGCUUCCUUUGUGUACAUCUCCUACCGUGUGGGAAACUUUUCACCAGAGGUUCGUAUCAUUGUAGCUGUGCUGUACGCUGCUCUGACUCCUUUCCUGAACCCAGUGAUCUACAGUCUGAGGAACAAGGAGCUGCAAGAGUCCAUCAGAAGGACACUGGUCAGGUUCAGGUCUGCUACUGUUUCAGCCACGAAGAAUGUCAGCACAGUGUCCUGACAGGGAAGGAAACCUGCCUCUCUGCUGCCUGGACACAAGACACAAGAGAACUCAACACUUAAACAG